AUGGAAGCCCUCGAAGUGAAAAGUGUUGAUCUAAACUGCCUUCAGAACUGCAACAACCAUCACACACAGUGGUUUGGUACUAAUAAACUCAUUGUGAGAAGAGGCCAGACCUUUGGUUUCUAUUUGCAUUUCCAAAACCGGGACUGGGAUGAUGACAAGGACAAGAUCACAUUUACAGUGGAGACAGGCAUCAAACCUUGUGAGUCUCUUGGGACAAAGAGCACCUUUCCUUUAGGCAGAAGUACAGAUCAAAACCUCUGGAGUGCGUGCUACAAACAUCAGGAGGAAAAAUGCCUCAGUGUCAUUCUGCUCUCUCCCGUGAAUGCCUGUGUUGGCUGCUACCUUCUGAACAUGUGCCUGAUAUCAUGUGAUCGCACACAUUCCAGGAAUCUUGGAGAAUUCUAUGUCCUUUUCAACCCUUGGUGCUCUGAUGAUACUGUGUAUCUAGACAAUCAAGCCUACAGAGAAGAGUAUAUACUAAAUGAACAUGGGAUUGUAUUCCAAGGUCUUCCCAAACACAUAACAUCUCAUGCUUGGCAUCUUGGACAGGGAGUCAGUCCUUUCAUGUGGAAUGGAAGUGUCCCUAUCCUUCGGCAGUGGUAUCACAACAAAUGCAAACCUGUCAAAUAUGGGCACUGUGGGACUCUUGCUGCUGUGAUGUGUACAGUGAUGCGGUGUUUGGGAAUCCCCAGCCGAGUUGUCACAGGCUUCUAUUGCCCUUUGAAUGCUGUUGACCCCCUCAUCAUCCAGGAGGUCUUUGAUUUCACAGGAAAAACCUUUAAUGGCAAAGAACAUAUCUGGAGAUACCAUAGCUGGAAUGAAUCUUGGAUGGCCCGAAAAGACAUAAAUCAGACUGGGGGUGACUGGCAAUACCUGGAUCCAACACCGAUAGAGACUACUAAAGGGUCAGUGUGCAGUGGUCCUAUUUGGGUCAAAAGCAUUAGAGAUGGUGAUGUGGAUAUUGACUCUGAUGGUCCUCAUGUAUUUGGAAUGCUAAAUGCAAAGAAUACUGCCUGGGUCUCUCAAGGCAGAGGUAAGAAGAUCAAACUUAACUGUGAAACCUGGCCUUGUGGACAAUGUAUCAGCACCAAGCGUGUGGGUAGUGAUCUACGUGAGGAUAUCACUGAUGCUUACAAGUAUGAAUUAGGCUCUACGCAAGAGAAAAAAGCCCUUUAUAAAGCCUGUCGAAAAAUUAAUUCUCGAUAUCUAAAUGCUCCCAAUUCUGAGAUAGACAAAGAUUUAGCGUCCCAAAGAAACAAAAGUCUGAAAGAUGUUGGGAUUGUAAUGAAGUUUAAGGUGGCCAAUUGUCCCCUCUAUGGUCAAGAUGUUCAAAUGCACUGGGUGCUGAAAAACUUGUGCAAUGAACCCAAAGACAGGAAAUUUAACCUUUGUGCUCAGGCAGUGAUGUACAAUGGAUGUUUACUGGACCAGGUCUGGAAAGACAAUAUUCAUGUCACACUCAGCCCAAAGGAAGUAAAGACAAUCCUGAUUACAAUACCAUAUGACGACUAUGGAUCUCACCUUUGUGAUAAUAAUAUUAUGAGGGUGGUAGCUGUCUCAAUGCCUGAGUGUAAAGGAGAAGUCAUGAUGGUGGAGAGGGAUGUCAUAGUUGAUAGCCUACCUGUUAAGAUAAAGAUUUUAGACCAUCCCCGGAUGAAUGCACCAUGCUCUGCAGAAGUCAUCUUCUCUAAUCCACUCAAAGAGGACCUAAAGAACUGCAUGCUACAUCUGGAAGGCUAUGGGCUGAUUGGUGAACCAACAGCUACUGAAUUGGGGACACUUUCUGCUAAUCAUAUGGCACAAACUUGUGUGGAGUUUACUCCCUACAGGUAUGGCAGACAUCAGUUUACAGCCAGUAUCAGCUGUGACAAGUUUUGUAACUGCAAAGGAUAUGCCAGCAUGGACAUGGGUGAUCCACCAACAACCAAUGGUGAAGGAGGUGCAUAA